AUGGGCCGACGCGGCCCGAGACAUGGUGGCGGAGGAGGUGGAGGUGGCUUUCGCCAAGGUGGAGGUAACAACUACAGCAACAAUCAGAACAACGGCGGCGGCAGCGGGAAGAGCACGCAUAAUGCACACAACGCACACAACGCACACAAUGGCCACCCGCCACCACCGUCACAACCCCAAGUCAUCACUGAAGAGCACCCGCCCGUCAAGGGCCCCAACCCGGGCUACAUUGCCGUCGGCAGCCAGUAUAUGCUCGAGCAGCAGCUGCGCACCUUGCAGCGCGAGACCGGAUGCGACCCUGCGCGCGAGGAUAGUUACCGGCUCCAGGGCGUUCAACUGAUUGACAAUGUGCGCCAGGCGUUGCAGCUGCCUGUCAAGACAUUUGCGACCGCCUGCACCUACUACCACAAAUUCCGUCUCAAUUUCCGGGACGCCGAGUACAAUUUCCAGGACGCCGCGCUGUCGGCGCUCUUUGUCGCCUGCAAGGUCGAGGAUACGAUCAAAAAGUCCAAGGAGGUGCUGUGCGCCGCCUACAACCUCAAGAACCCGGACAAGCCCACCACGCCCGACGACAAGAUCUUUGAGCGGCCGUCCGCCAUCAUUGUCGGGUUGGAUCGGCUGAUCCUUCAGACGGUCGGCUUUGAUUUCCGCGUGCGCUACCCGCAGAAGCUGCUCAUCAAGCUGCUCCGCCAAUUGAUUCCUGCCGAGGACGCCCGGGCGUUUCUGGGCGUCGCCUAUCCCAUGUCCAUUGACCUGUACAAGACGUUUGCGCCCAUCAAGCAGACGUCGUUUACGAUGGCACUGGCCUCCAUUGAGCUGACGGCGCGCAUCCUCGACGACAAGCAUCUGGACCGCGUGCGGCAGCUGACAAUCGCAAAAUCAAGCAUGGCUGGCGGUGGCGGCGACGGCUACUAUCACACGAGCCGCAGCUGUGUCGUUGAGACGCUGCUCGACUUACUCGACCUCUAUACGCAGUUCACCAAGAGCACCAAAGUCGGCUCGCAAUUCGACCUCAACCGGUUCAUUGACAUUAAGAUCAAGAUCAACCAGGAGGUCGACGACGACCCGGACCUGCACCGGACCGACGCCUGGUAUGAACAGUGUGGCGGGGACAACCAUGGUGGGAGCAAUACCAUUCAGACACCUGGCUCGAUCAGGUCGCCGGCCACAACGGGGUCGGGGCCUCAUGCUGGCGGUGCUGGUGGUACAGCCGGCGGUGGCUCCUCUGGUGUUUUUGGAGCGUCUGUGAAACCACGCAAGCAUGUAGGCACGAUGCGGUUCUUAUUUGAGGUUGGCAGGAUGCGGCAAGAGGAAGCCGCGGUAAAUGAGUAUUUCAAAGAGGAAUACACCGAGGUGGAGACUGAAGUGGACGAGCUUAUACCGGAGUCAAGUCGCGGCGGCGGCGGCGGUGGUGGCAACCAUCAUCACAACGGCAACAACAACAACAACAACAACCGGAGCCAUGCCCCGUCUAGGCGCGAACGGAACAACCACAACCACCACAACAACCAGAACCACCAAAAGCAGGGCGGCGGUGGUGGCAGCGGUGACGCAAACUGGGGGCCAUACCAGCGGAGCAGGAACAAUGACCACCGACACCACAAGGCGCGGAAAGGUGGUGGCUACUGUUAG